AUGAACAGAAGAGAUAUUGUCAAUACUUUUCAGGCUUUGCAGGAUAGAGUCACUUCUCUUGAGCGCGAAAUUGCAACAAAGAACGCAGAGCUUCAUGAAAAGAACGUUGUUAUCGGGUUUCUCCGAGACGAAUGCCAAAAAUAUGCAACACAAAACGCGACGGUUCUAGUAGCCGGACAUUCCCAAAUCUUACCCCAUGUUCCUACCUUCGAUGUUGAUAAGCAUGGAAAGCAUUCGGUUGAUAUCGAUUAUUGGCUACAGAGAAUGCAGGCAAAACUAAACAUGGAUCAUUACUUAGGAGCUAGUCGUAUGGAAUAUGUUGUCUCUCGACUUGGCAGUGGCCCUUCGGCAUAUGUUGAUAAGAGAUAUCGAACAGCGGAACAGAUUCUUGAGGCUUUGUACAAGAUUUAUGCCAACACGGAUCAGAAAGAAGCCGCUGAGAACGCUUAUCGCCGUUUGUGUCAGAAGGAUAAUGAACCAUUCCCACUGUUUUGGAAAGAGUUUCAACGCCUCAGUGCGGUCCUCGAGAUGACCGAAACAAUGAUGGUUCAUGACUUGUGUGGAAAACUCAAUUUGAGAUUGCGCCAGGCUUUGAUAGAGGUCAAUGUUGAUAAUAUCGAAGAUUUUGGAAGGAUUUGCAGGAUUGAGGAUAGAAAGUUGAGAGUAAUGCAGCUUUGA